UGCAAAGCUUCCAUUUUUCUCUUUCUCCCUAAAGUUGUAUUUUUUCUAUUUUUUAUUGGUUGAAUAUAAAUUUGUACAAUUACUAAAUUUGAAUUCUGGGUUGCAAAGAAAAAAAUGGAUUAGAUUUUUUUGUAAGAAAGGACACAAUCGACAAGAGAACAUAUUAUUUGAAGGGGGCAAGGAAAAUAGAAGAGAAGAAAGGGGAUGAAAUUAACCUCCUCUAUUCUUAUUCUUAUCAAGCCUCCUCUCAGAUCAUAGAUUUUUGCAAGUUUUGGCACUUGAGUUUCAUUUGAUUGAUUCCAGGUGAAGUUAAAUUCUGGGUUGGUCGAUUGAUUGAUCGUGGAAGGAUCUGUUUGUUUCUAAAUUUUGAAUCAGAGAGAAAAUUUUCAUUCUGUGUCGAAUUACACUUUUUGUUGUUAAAAUAAAAGAAAACGAUGUCUGGGAAUGGUAAGCUAUUUAUUGGUGGGAUAUCUUGGGACACCAAUGAAGAGCGUCUCAAGGAGUAUUUCAGUACCUUUGGUGAAGUGGUCGAGGCAGUGAUCAUGAAGGAUCGGACCACAGGGCGUGCCCGUGGUUUUGGUUUCGUUGUUUUCUCUGACCCAGCUGUUGCUGAGAGAGUUAUAUUGGAGAAACACAACAUCGAUGGUAGGAUGGUGGAAGCAAAAAAGGCAGUUCCUAGGGAUGACCAGAACAUUAUGAGUAGAAGCACCAGUAGCACCCAUGGUUCACCUGGUCCAGGUCGCACAAAAAAGAUUUUUGUUGGUGGUUUAGCAUCUACAGUCACAGAGAGCGACUUUAAGAAGUACUUUGAUCAGUUUGGAAAUAUCACAGAUGUUGUAGUGAUGUAUGAUCACAACACCCAAAGGCCUAGGGGUUUUGGAUUCAUCACUUAUGAUUUAGAGGAGGCGGUGGAAAAAGUGUUGCUAAAAAAUUUCCAUGAACUGAAUGGUAAAAUGGUUGAGGUUAAACGGGCAGUUCCCAAAGAGUUAUCUCCUGGCCCCAGUCGUAGUCCCCUUAGUGGGUAUAACUAUGGUCUGAAUAGAGUCAACAGCUUUCUUAAUGGCUACACUCAGGGAUAUACUCCAAGUAGUGUUGGUGGCUAUGGACUUAGGAUGGAUGGUAGAUUUAGUCCAAUUGCUGGUGGUCGAAGUGUGUUUCCUCCUUUCGGUUCUGGUUAUGGAAUGGGCAUGAACUUUGAGCCAGGGUUGAACCCAAGUUUUGGAAAUAAUGCAAACUUUACUAGUAAUAUGAACUAUGGGCGGGGAUUGAGCCCUUACUAUAUUGGCAAUACCAAUAGAUUUGGUAGUCCUAUUGGAUGUGAUGGGACUGCUGGAGGUAAUACUUCCUUUUUCAGCUCAGUGACCCGUAAUCUUUGGGGAAAUGGGGGGCUCAAUUAUAACACAAAUGCUGCUAGUUCUGGUGCAUAUAUGGGAUCUGGAAGUGGUAGUAUAGGAGGAAGUUCCUUUGGAAAUAGUGGAAUUAACUGGGGUUCUUCUGCAAUUUCUAGUCAAGUUGGAGGGAAUCAUGUUUCUAGCAAUAGUGCGAAUUUUGCCUAUGGAACUGGUGAUAAUAGCUUUGGGUUGGGGACUGCAGGGUAUGGGAGAAACAGUGGGACCAAUGUGGCGCCAACAUCAUCAUAUGUAGCAUCAAAUGGUGGUUAUGAUGGAGCCUUUGCAGAUAUUUAUGGUGGUGCUUCAAUUUAUGGGGAUACCACUUGGAGAUCAUCAACAUCUGAGCAAGAUGAUUCUGGUUCCUUUGGGUAUGUACUUGGUAGUGCCGCUUCUGAUGUUUCGGGUAAAAGUUCUCCUGGGUAUGUUGGUGGUUAUAGCGUUAAUAGGAGACAAUCAAAUAGAGGGUUUGUAAACAUAAAAUUGAUGAAGUGCUUAAAGAAGGAUGUCAGAAAUUGAAUGGAAAAUAGGAAUGAGUUGAGUUUGGGCCUUGCAUUAGUGUGGUUUAGCAUUGUAUUUUCUGAUAUGACAUGGAUCAUGAACUUCAACCAAUUUUCUUUUGAUAUUGACAGAGGUGUAUCACUCUGUUUUCCUGACUUGUCACUAGUAUCUAGUCUUAUUUUUUUUUCAGUGAGACCCCAUAAUUUGCUUAUGGGACUCUUUUAUUACUCCUCGCUUCCUCAUUUUUUUAAUUUAAGGUCACAAAAACGUGGGAGUUACUAGUAAGAGAGCCAGGUACAGUAUAUUUUGUUGUAAAAAAAGCAUUAGUUUGUAUCUAACCAUUGUAUAAUAUACUCGAACUAAUAUCUUUUCAAAAGGUAGAAGACAAAUAAGGGGAUGCCUUAGUCUAGUAUCUUUUCUGUUUGUUCUAGUUAUAUUUGUUUAGAACCCAUGCUUUUAAUUCGUAAGAAGAAGAAUACAUUUUACUUGGAGUAUAAAAGGUGUGCUUUGUUAGAAAUAGAGCUGCCCUGUCAAAUUUAGGAUAAGGACAUCCAUCGAAAGCUUAAUUGUUGCCGUACUCUUUUAAAAGAAUUAGCAUUGGGGAAGACUUGGGCUAACAAGCAAUUAAUAAUGCAUUAUUACUUAUUAAGAGAAACCUAAAUAU